CUCCUGCAGGGAGCUGUUCACUCCCACACCGACAUGGCUGCUGCAGUCAGGAUGAGGACGUGGAGCUGUCCGACCAGAGGAGUUUUCCAUCCAUGGGCAGUCCUUUGUGCAGUUUUACUCAGCACCAUAAAUGCGGUUGUUGCAGCACCUGAGACAGGGGUUUGGAAAAUCACAGUUGUAAAUACCUCAAGACCACUGCUGUUAAGGAAAUCCAUGUAUAAAGACACUGACAUUCAAUUGAAAGUUGUGUAUUUUGGCUGUCCUGAGGAGGUGACCUUCUCUAUUCACUGGUAUUUAAAAUACUACCCCUGUCACAAUGAAUUCAACAAUAUUGAAGAAAUGUAUGAGAGAACGCCUCUGAGUCGUGGGGAGGGCCUGGAUCCGAACCCCCUUGGACCAGGAGAAUUCAUUGAACACCGACACCGUCCCAUGACAUGUAACAAUGGACUGCGCUCCUUUGAGAUGCUCAGAAAAACCAAAGCAGAGCCUCGUCUGGUCACUCCGCCUGUUGAUGGUGAAGUGCUUGAUGAAAAUUACACCAGAUGGAUAACAGAAGAGUAUGACAGCAGCAGCACCACGAAGAACGGCAGUGUAAAUAUCAAAGACAACGUCAUAGCCACUACGUGGAAGGACGGGCCUUAUCUGCUGGUCGUUAAGUUUGUAUCCAGUAAACAGGAUGCCAACUGGAAUCUGACUGUUAAUGUGGUGAUGAAAGGCAGCCACGGCUACAUUUCUAUCACAGAAUGGCCUCUCAUGAUCUUCUACAUGAUGAUGUGCGUAGUGUACAUCCUGUACGCCCUUCUGUGGUUUAUCUGGGCAGCGUGCUACUGGAAGGAUCUGCUCAGGAUCCAGUUCUGGAUAGCAGGGGUCAUAUUUCUCGGGAUGGUGGAGAAGGCCGUCUUCUGUGCCGAGUAUGAAAACACCAACGCUGUCGGCUCUGCAUCCCCUGGCUUGUUGGUCUUUGCUGAGCUGGUCUCUGCCCUCAAGAGGACUUUGGCUCGAUUGCUCGUCAUCAUCGUCAGCCUUGGUUAUGGCAUUGUGAAGCCUCGACUUGGGCAUGUCAUGCACGGAGUUGUGGGACUCGGCAUCCUCUACUUUGCCUUUGCCAGCAUCGAAGGUGUCCUGAGGAUCACUGGGGUGAAAGACUCUGACUUGGCCCUGCUGGCCAACAUUCCCCUGGCUCUGCUUGACUCCUCUCUAUGCUGGUGGAUCUUUGUCAGCCUGGCACAAACCAUCAAGACUCUGAAGCUGAGAAGAAACCCUGUCAAGCUGUCUCUCUACAGGCACUUUACAAACACAUUGAUAUUUGCUGUCAUUGCUUCUGUCAUUUUCAUAGCAUGGACGGCAAAAAAAUUCCGGCUAGCAGAAUGCCAGUCUGAUUGGAUUGAGCUAUGGGUGGAAGACGCUUUCUGGAGAUUCUUGUUCUCUGUCAUUCUGUUUGUCAUAAUGUUUUUAUGGAGACCAUCUGGAAACAACCAAAGGUAUGCUUUCACACCUCUCAUGGAUGACUCUGACGACGAGGAGAUUGAGGAGUUCAUCGCCUCUACAAACCUGGCUGAUGGCAUGAAGUUGAGAGCAUCUAAAAAUGAAACGAAUGGCACGGUGAAGCCUGCAGAAACAAACCCAGAGGAUGACUUGAAAUGGGUGGAGGAUAACAUUCCUAGCUCUUUUACUGAUGUAGCUCUGCCAGUCCUGCUCGACUCAGAUGAGGAAAUCAUGAUGAUCAGAUAUGAGAUGUCAAAGAUGGAGUGAGGCGAAACAUUUCCAGCCAUCAGCUCACAUGGAGGGGGAGCGCAGCAGCUGUCUCUGACUCUGCAGCAGGGUUUUCUCCAGGAUUUUCAGUCGGGUGGUGCCAUGUAGGUUUUAUCAGGGGAUCUUCCUGUACGGCCUUCACUUAGCAGGGAAGUGCAGGCCACAAUUUAGGGGGAGCUCUGCUUAUUUCCUCAACUUCUCCAGAGCGAAGGACUCUAACAGAGGAAAACUGUCUUUUCACUGACCAACUGGUUCACCAUUUCCUUGAUUAUGAUCAGUUUUGAGCCUUUCUUUCCAAAGAGAAUGUUUCAUUUUAUAUUAAGUGCGGUAUUUAUUUCUGUUAUGUUCAUGUGAAUUUAUUUUAUCAGAGAAUUAAGAACAGUGGGCCUCAUGCAUGAACAUGCUCUCUAAUAUAGUGUCUUUCUAUGGGUAUGUAAAUGUUAUUGGUUGGUUGUAAUAAAAUAAGAUACUUAUUUAUGAUGGGAAAAUAAUAAAAAGGCCCUUUUAUUCUCAGUAAUUAACACCAAGAAUUAUUUAUCAAAGUUAUUUUUGCAACCAGAAGAGAGCUGGAGAAUUUGACUGUAGUUUAUUCGUUAAUUUUAAACAGGAUCAUUCUUUAUGUGUAAAUCUAAAAGUUCAAUAACAGUAUGUAUUUUGUGUCUGAAGCAUACUUUUUGUUUUUGUCUGUCAGCAUUAAAAUCUGAGAUGAGAAAAAUUUAAACACAUUGAUUUUGCUCUUAUGCACUUUGCGGAUCAAAGUUGUGCCUACAUGUAGUUCUUGUGUGAGGCCUAAUCUGUUCAGGUAAUUGAGAUCAAUAUGUAUGAAAGUGUCGUCAUGUCUCUGGCAUCCUCAGUAUUGAUGUGUGUGAGGGAGGAUGAAGCACAAACAAGUGAUUUGUACAGUUUAAAUGUUAACUGGGCUCAAUAGUGUCGAAUUUGGGGUCUGAAUCUACUGUAUGUGUGUGGUUGGACAGGUUUUGUGUCUUCUGAAAUAAGGAGCAAUAUAUUGUACCUAUGUUAAUAUGGAGUUAAGUAAUUUCUUUAUUUAUUUGUUUCAAGUGUACUUAUAAGUUGUUAAAGAGUGUGUUCACCCAUGUUUACUCUAAAGUGUGUUUACAAUGUGUGCUUCCAUUUUAUUAAUGCAUUGGGCCCUGAACAAUCUCACGGUGUAUUAGGGGGACAGCAAACUUGCUUGUUUCUUUGCGCUGUUUGCUUUCUUUGCUGAUGGAAAUCAUUGUGGCAGUUUCACAGACACCUUAAUAACAUUCAUGUUCUGUCAAAUAAGUCUUAAUAUUUCAAUUUUUUUCUGAAAAUGGUGUUUUUGUCAGUGUAGCUUUGGAACACUGUUGUCAUGUUCAUGUGUGUUGUCUUGACUAAAUAUAACAGCAGGACUUUUUCUGCUUGUCCAGGCCAUCCCAUAUUAUGACACAUGAGAUAAGUUAUGUUGUUAGCAUAAGCACAAGCUGAUCACUUGGGUUUAUAAUGUCAUUUUUCCGUCUUUUUAUUGGUUGGAAACCUUGAGUAAUUGUGCUUAUUAUGGCAAGCUGUCCUUCUGUUACAUAAAACUGCAGACACCUGCAGCGGACCUCGAUUAUUUGUACAGAUGGGUUUUGGCUGAUUCCUGUUAUUUCAUAAUUCCACAGGUGGAGAGGUGUCUGGAUAAUAUGACUUGUCUUUUUCUUUUUUAUUUCAUGGGUGUCAUGAAGAACUGGGCUUGAACUUUUCAUACCAGCAGUUUUUUUCUCUCUUCCUUCUCAGGAAGUAUGUACAAUAUUAAUAUUAAAUAUUAAUUGAACACAA